AUGGACUAUUCUUCUUUACACACGAUAUCAACACCGAAGCGCAAACACUCUAGGGUUGCUUGUGAGCCUUGCCGGGAUCGUAAAAGGAAAUGCAAUGGGCAAAGCCCAUGCAAUACCUGUAGCGACUGGGGCUACGAGUGCCACUACAGAUGCCAGCCAACUUCACCAUCCCAGCCGCCUUCUCUUGCGCUGAUCGCAGCACCGUUUGAUGCUGCACCAGCAAAGUCAGACACUACGCUGAAGAAGAACGAACGACAGUAUGGCGAGAAAGUCUUACGAUGCCUAGAGGCAAACCCUGGGGCGUCAUUUGUAAGAAACAUUAGUAUCAAGAUCGACGCGACAGAUGCACCUAAGAUGAACCUUUUUGGAUGA